CAUGGAGGACUCCAGUAGUUGACUUUUCCUGCUGCAGCCUUCUCUUUUUCAGCUUUCUUCCACGUCCGAUCACUCCUGACCCGGUUUUUGUUGAUGUUUUUGACCCUUUUUCUGAGCUUUGACCAAUCCGAAAACAUGAAGUACAUCAUCGGCAUCGGCGGCGUAACCAAUGGAGGGAAAACCAGCCUCACCAACCGCCUGAUCAAGAACCUGCCCAACUGCUGCGUGGUCCAUCAGGAUGACUUCUUCAAGCCCCAAGAUCAGAUUGAGGUUGGUGAAGAUGGCUUUAAGCAGUACGAUGUCAUCACUGCUCUGGACAUGGACGCCAUGAUGAGUUGGAUCUACACGUGGCUGGAGAACCCGGUGAAGUUUGUUCUGUUUCUGUAAAAGGUGCAGGAUUUUAUAUUACAGUAAAAAAAAAAA